GCCCUUUACCUUUCCCUCUAUAAAAUCUCUCUCAUCAAAAUCGCCUCCUCAGUCCUCAGGCUUCUUCCCUCCAAACAAACUAGCGAUGGCCUCUCGUCUUCACAUCGCUUCUCUCCUUCUCUUCUGCUUGGUAGAGAACUGCUAUGGUGCUGUGCUCUUCUCCUCGCUCAAGCGAACUCUGGUGGUCACCGCUUCACCAAAAGCAGGAGAAGUGUUGAAAGCAGGAGAAGAACAAAUCACAGUGAACUGGGGACUCAACCAGAGCUUCCCAGCUAGUACCGACUCAGCGUACAAAACCGUGAAGGUAAAGCUAUGUUACGCGCCCCUCAGCCAGGAAGAUCGUUCGUGGAGGAAGACCAACAACGAUCUGAGCAAAGAUAAGACCUGCCAACACUCGAUCGUGUCGAAACCUUACGAUUCUUCGACGAACAAUGUGAAACAGAGCUUCGAUUGGAUCAUCGAAAGAGACGUUCCCACUGCAACUUACUUCGUGAGGGCUUACGCUUACAAUUCCGACGGCGACGAGGUGGGUUAUGGUCAGACCACAGACGCAAAGAAGACAACUAACCUGUUUGAAAUCCAAGGAAUUAGCGGCCGUCAUGCGUCACUUGACAUCGCCGCUGCUUGCUUCUCUGCUUUCUCCUUGGUGUCUCUGCUUGGAUUUUUCUAUUUGGAGAAGAAGAAAGCGAAGAUGUCUGUGUAGGAGUAGAAACGUUUGAUUUGUUUUUUCUCUUUGAUUUAUCAGUAUUAAGGAGGGACACAAUAAUUAUUGUAUACAAGAUGUGUUGGUUGAUGGCAAGGUGAGUUAAAGAGUUAAGACCAUAUAAAUCUGUUAUUGUAAUUGCCAUAUUGGAUUUUUAGAUAAUUAUGUUAUGUUUGUCUUGAA